CCCAGGUGCGCCGCAGCCCGGGUGCGAACUCCGUAGGAGCCAGUCUGAGGUUUUUUCCUUCCGAAGUCGCUCGUAAACUUCGAGUUAGCAAGGCAGAAGAGAAUGAAAGAAGUAGACAAUCUUGAAAGUAUAAAAAAAGAAUGGGUUUGUGAGACAGGAUCAGACAACCGGCCUGUGAGUGUUAACCAACAAACAACUUGUGACUAUUUUGUUGACAGCCUCUUUGAGGAGGCUCAGAAGGUUGGUGCCAAACGCUUGUCUCCCACCGAACAGAAGAAACAGGUAGAUGUGAGUAUAAAAUUAUGGAAGAAUGGAUUCACAGUCAAUGACAAUUUCCGAAGUUACUCAGAUGGUGCAAGUCAACAGUUUCUGAACUCCAUCAAAAAAGGGGAACUGCCUUCGGAGCUGGAGGGAACUUUCGAUAAAGAGGAGGUGGAUGUGAAAGUCGAAGAUAAGAAACACGAAGUGUGUGUGUCAACGAAGCCUGUGUUCCAGCCCUUCUCAGGACAGGGCCACCGACUGGGGAGUGCUACACCAAAAAUUAUUUCUAAAGCAAAAAGCAUUGAAGUUGAGAAGAAAAGUGAUUUGUCUCUUGUCCCACUAAACCGCCUGGAACCCAUCACUAGUGUACAGAUCUGGUUAGCCAGUGGGAAGAGGGUUGUUCAGAAAUUUAACCUGUCUCACAGGAUAAGCCACAUCAAAGACUUCAUUGAAAAGUACCAAGGAUCUCAGAGAAGUCCUCCGUUUUCCCUGGCGACAGCUCUUCCCUCCCUGAGAUUGCUAGAUGAAACGCUCACCUUGGAAGAAGCCCGUUUACAGAAUGCUGUAAUCAUUCAGAGACUCCAAAAAACCACCGAACCUUUUAGAGAACUCUCGUAACAUUGAUUUUUGAAACACUAAGUGGAAAGUUCACAGAGAAGUGGCGGUUAUAUAAGUGGAUGUGCAAACCAGAAUGGGGCAGAGUCAGGUCCCCUGGACUUUGGGCUUGAGUCCUAUUUAUUUCCCUCCGGAUGAGAAGAUUUUUAAGUAAGUACAGGUGAGGAGAGUAAACUGUGGCUGGAAACUAUAUUCAGUGCACUGUCUCCCGAAGGCUACUCAGAAAAUAUACUUAUUUUUAAAUACCAAUUACCAACCUAAGAUAUAUAAAAUGACUGUGUCAUUUAGUAUCUUAAUGUGGUACAAAUCAGCAAAUAUGUUCACAGUAUCAUCCAUUUAAACAUCAUUCCCCAACAGCAGUGAUUUAUUUAAAUGUUAGCUGUCUCAGAUUUUUUUAAUGGCAGUACAUUAAAAAUUAUACAUAGCAGGUUAAAAGCAUCAAUGUCGUUAUAUCACACCUGAGAUGCAAUCAAAAGGCUGGCAAGGAAUUGCUUUCACUACAGCUGUGCCUAAACCUCAUGUUCUCAUUUGAAUUUUCUGAUGGUAGGAUGUUAAUUUGACAGUAGUAUCUAAGAUGUUUUUUCAUGUAAGAAUAAAAAUCUGUAGCUUAGUAAAAUGUCAGUAUUGAUCUGCCUACUCACAUUUCCACAUUUUCGAGAAAGGUCAUUUUUAAAACUUUUCUCUCCGAGAACCCCAGUUUACCCCCUAUUUUAUUUUCUUUCAAUAAUGAGAGACUUGUUCUUAGCUUACAUUUGGAGUAAGUCAUUCAUUUGAGACUACUUAGCUAGAAUUGAUGUGGCAUCACAUUGCUUAUUAAUAUUUUUAAAUCCAGCAUGUACUGUAUGGUUUUUCUGUUCUGUACAUUAGAGUCAACCUGUGUGUAUACCUCAAAAGAUUAUUUAUUACAUUUUGAUAUCACCAAGGAAAACACCCUUUUUUCUUAGACUUUAAAACUGGUUAGACUUCACUAUUUCACCGUUGGAUUGAAUUCCCUUGCCCAAAAGCUAAGUUUAGGAUGCUUUUUUGCAAACCAUGUGUCGAAUCACAUUUAAAGUGAAGGAAGUAUUUCCUUGGUGCACCAAGGAACUAGGCAGCCGCGCCCGCGAGGAGCGGUGGUCAGAGGGCGUCGGAUCUCUGCCAGAGAGAGUAAUUCUCCAACUUUUUGGUCUCAAGACCUUUUAUGGAUGUGGGUUAUAAAUAUAUCAAAAAUUGUUAUCAAAUAUUUAUUCCUUUAAAAGUAAUAAACAUGUUAAUAUAAACAUCAUUAUGAAAAAAUUCUAUUUUCCAAAACAAAACUAAAAAGAUUUAAUGAGAAAAGUGGCAUCGUAUUCCAUUUUUGCUCAUGUCUUUCCCGUCUGACUUAAAGAAGACAGACGGACUCUUGUGUCUGCUUCUACAUUCAAUCUGUUCUGAGAUCACACAUCGUGUGGCCUCCAGUAAACGCUACUGUACGUUCAUGAGCGGAUGAGCAAAACAAAUAAUGUCUUAGUAUGAUUGUGAAAAUAGUUCUGACCUUGUGGACCCCCUGAAAGAGCCAGUCUUACAGAGCAGUGAUUCUCAAGCCCUAGAGUAAGAAUCACUUGGGAAGCUUUUCAGAACGCCUGUUCCUGCUUCUCACCGCGGACUUUCUGACUCAUCAGAUCUGGGGCGAAUCCCAGACCUCUGCAUUUUUCAUCCCAUUUGAUUCUUAUGUACGGAGUGGAGAAUGGGCCUCCAGGAAACCCUGCACUAAAGCUUCCCCCUAAGAAAACAACGCCACGUGUCACCUCGGACCGUGGAAGACCCUCCCCUGAUAUGGGGCUGCCCGUCCUCCAGGUUUUAUCUUCUUCUGUCAGUUUGUUCUUAGACUGUUCCCCUUUCACUCUGAACUAAUCAUGGCCUAAACCUGUACUUUAUCUUCUAAAAGCACAGCUGCGACGAGGCUGCAACAGUUAAAUGAGCUUUUUAUGAAAGGCUCAGGAGUAACAGGAGGGAGGCGCUCACACAGAACUAGAAGGCCUGUUCCGUAAGAGACGUGUUCUGAGUGAGGUCCAUCUGAAGAGUGCUUGCUUUCUGGUCCCGGCCUUCUGGGUGGCAGAGGCCUUUCAUUAGGAAGAGAAGGAGGACAGAGGAAAACCGUUUCCCUUUGUUAUUUACUCUCAGAAAUGAACAGAUAGGUCAUUGAAAAUAAAUAUUAUCAGUAAUGUUUACAGUUGUGGUGGAGCCAUCUCUCUAGUAAAACAAAAAUAAUGACAUUUUUAAAAAUAAUGAGGGGACAGUAAAAUCAAUGAACUUCUCUUUCAUAUAAAAUAAUAUUAAGAUUAUUAAUAUAUUUCCAAGACUAUGUACGAAAAAUGUUUCACAUAGGCCUAUCAUGAAGCAUUUUAUAAUCUCUACUUGCAUAAUUAUAGUCAUUAUGUGAUUCUCUAUAUAUUUCUAUAAAGGGGCCUCUCAUUAGAAAUAUUUGUCUUGUACCUACAGAAAAGCCUCUUUCAUGGGUUUUCCAGUUUAUAAUUACGUGAUCAGAAGGCACAUCGGAGGCUGUCCCAUGCGUCCGUGGAGAAUACCCCCCAGGGGGGAGGAGUUCAUAGGGAAAGACCUGCCACCAGCAAUGACCUUCAUUUCUGUUACCUGUAAAAAUGUUCAUUGACGUGAAUAAUAGCCUUAGAGUUUUUCUAAAAUUAGAAUCAUCUGAUGAAGCUUUUUACGUGAAAUCAGUUGCCCAUUGUAAAGUUGUUAAUUAAAUGUAUAGAAUAUUCAAAACAUGUUGAUUUUAGAAAACAUAAACUGAAUUUAUCAAGGGAAGGCAAAAUGGAAAAUAAACAUCUUAGGUGUGGAAUAUAAUUUGAACUAAGUAGUUCAAAAAGGUUUUCAGUUUCUUGAAAAUCAUUGUUAGGGCCAGUACAUAAACAUACAUUUCUAAUUUUGAGAGUCUAGUGUAUUGGUUAAAUUACUAUGCAUUAUCCAGGUUACAAAAGUGAUCUUAUUUAUUUUAUAUACUUUUCUCAUUCAGAAUACUUUUUACUGCAUUUCAUUGUGCUGAAAAUAUGGUAUUUAUGCAUCUAUUUUAGUGCCUUAAAAUACUUUGAAAGCAAUCCUUUACUAAUGGUUAAAAGAACUGUUGUCUUAAGUAAGGGUGAAAUACUAUUUAUUAAGGAUCUGUGAAAUAAUUUAUACUUGUUUGGUCUAAAAUAGUUACAUACAGGUGCAUUUGUCAUUUUUAUUUGGCAAACUCAGUUUGAGAAUCUACAAAUAUUUAUUAGGUGCCUUCUGUUUGCCAGGUACUUUAACCAAUGUUACUUUCACUUAAUACUCAGAGAUGUUAGAAUGUGAUAUUUUUAAUACUAACUCAGUGGUUGUGUUUCUUUUUUACACCAUCCUUUGUGACCUGAGUUGAACUAGCACGACGAUCCUAUGGUAGGGUUUACUCAUUUGUUCUUUGUCUAAGUGCAAACCAUUUAAUUAAAAAAUUGUUUAUCACAGUAAAUAAAUAUUGCAGCAGCA